GGCGGCUUUCGUUUUUUAAACUUAAGCGACUGCGUUUUGAGUUCUGAUAUUCCAUUUUUGAAAAAAGGAAAUCUUCAAUUAUGGCAAGCUUGCUAGGUGCUGCCUCAAAUGUGAUAAACGCUGCCUCAAAUGUGGUUGAAGAAGCAGUCAAAGGAGUCGAGAAUGCUCAACAAGAGGUGGCAAAUGCUGUUUCAAACCCUUCAAAUAUAGUUAAAGAUGUGGCAAGUGCUGCCACAGAUAUCGUUGAAGAAGCAGCUAAAGGAGUCGAGAAUGUCCAAAAAGAGGUGGCAAAUGCUGUCUCAAACUCUUCAAAUAUAGUUAAAGAUGUGGCAAGUGCUGCCACAGAUAUCGUUGAAGAAGCAGCCAAAGUAGUCGACAAUGUCCAACAAGGUGUGGUAAGUGCUGCCUCAAAUGUGGUUGAAGAAGCAGCCAAAGGAGUUGGGAAUAUCCAAGAAAAGGUGGAUGAUGAAGAAGACGAUACCCUAAAGUACUUGGAUAUUGUGCAAGCGGCUCUAGUUUUUACAUUGGUUUCUUCCUCAAAGCUCUAUCUUUUUGUCAGGGACAAGUCUGGUCCAUUGAAACCUGGUGUUGAGACUGCUGAGGUUACGAUUAAGAGUGUGGUUAGACCUUUCUAUCACAGGUUCCAUGAUGUUCCCAAUAAGGUUCUCAAGUUUGCAGACAACCAGCACCUUUAA